UUCGGCUUCGUUCGUGCUCUCCAACUCCCUUCUUCGUCUCCCGUUUGGAUUCAGAAAUGGUGGGGAUUCCGGAGCCUGCAGCCGGACAUUUCGGCAGCGGAGUAACUGACGGCGGUCCACCAGCACUCAGCUGCUGUUCGAGGGCUGCCGCUCCUGUAGCAGUGGCGGGGAGGAGGAUACGCCCAGGAGAGACCGAAGGCCGGAUCGCCCCUCGCCGGAGCGAACGGCGCGAGCUAUAAGUCGAUGUCGCCGGCUCAACUCCGGAUCGCGCGGCGCCGUGCUUUACGAUACACCCUGGGUUUAGCCCCCCCCCCCCGCUCUCCUCGAAUCCCCCAUCCUCCUUACCAACACGAAGGUGGGUGAUCUCUGUACUUGCUUCAUUUCGUCUUGUCUGCAUGUGCUGUUCGAAUCUCGCGUCUUCUUCGAUGACGUUGGUAUUUGGACACGAAAUAAAGUUGCUUUUCUUACGAACUUCUCAGUUCGUGAUCUUUUUGCUUGGCAGGAUGAAAGAUCUUUUUAUUAGGUUAUAUAAUUUUUCUUCCUCUAGUGUACAAGAAAAAGGUUUUCACUAAUCAUCUAAAUAUUCUUCAUUCGUGGAUUGACUAUUGUUCUGACGUCUGCAGUGUGAGCAUUCAUAAGAUUCUAAUCUUUCACUAUCAUGUGCUCUGAAUUGAUGUGCAUUUCGUAAUUCGAUCUUUAAUAGCUUAAUUUCUACGAAGUUUUAUAGUUUAUCCUUUUCAUUCGUGAGUGUGCUUUUUUUAUCUUCUGAAAUUUAUCCAGUGCGAGCAAGGUCGGUAGAACCGUAUUGUCCAUGGCCUUUAAAUAGAUUGUUAUUCUCACUUUGUUCUGUUAUGUUUCUUCACCUUUAUGUCGUUAUAUGUGACAUGAAAAGCAUUCACGUUGACCCUAUUCUGAUGGACUUGUGGACCAGCACCCAUCUUUGUGUGUGUCAGUCGUUUCAGCUUGGUUCAUUAAGCUUUUCUGUAUGGGGAUUCAUUCUUAUUCGGAGCUGGAGCAUCAGAAUAUAUGUGCUCCUUCUAAAACUUCCACUUGAAGAUAAAUGGAAAGCAGUAAUUUGGACACUUACUCUCGUGCGGUUUUUACAGGUACUUAUUAGAAAUUAAUUUUCGGUUUUAGGUGACUGAAUGAUGCAGUUUAGGUUGAUUUUACUUGAGCAAAAGAAAAUUCAGAAUAACAUCAUAACAAAGGUAUAUAUGAUUAUUACGUUUAAAAUUCUCAGUGCUUCUUUUCGCUGUCUAUAAUCCGGAUGCAAAUUUUCUAUCUUGAAAAUGGAUUUGGCUGCUUUAUAUAUGAAAGGAAUCUGCUAGGUUGAUUUGAGGUGAUGUAUACAACUGGCAAUAUGGUAUACUGCCAGUUCCCUUGCUUAGAUAGCUUCUCAAUAAUGGACCAUUAGUACCUAGUAAUCAUUUAGUGUUUCCUUGUGAAAAUCUUGGUUUUUAUUUUAGGAAGAACAAGGUGGAUGCUUCCUGAUCAUUCAUCCUGCAGAACAUGGAUUGUCAGGAGAGUUAUACAAUGACAUGUAGCUUGCAUCUUUUGCUGUUUUUAAUAAUAGCUUCAUAUACAUAGACUUUAACAUUGAGAUUAGAACAAUAUAAUUUUUACUUGUACUUUUAGCAUUCUUUGGUGCAGGUUCAGCCUUCUCCAACUACUGGAACCUUCAAUAUGUCCUCUGCCAUGGAUAAAACUAUUUGUUCAGACACCUUAUCUUCUCAAAGGCAUGCUUCUGAUGUCAGUGCAUAUGAUGGAAGGAAUCCUGAAGAUUUUCAGUUCAAACCUCAAGUUGGAGCAUCUUAUAGUCUAGGCCUAUCUUCAUUAAGACCUAUCAUAAUUUCCAAUCUAGUUUUGAGUAUAUUGAUGAUUCAUGAUGGUGCUGUUUAUUCUUUCGUCACUAUUCUCACUGUAUCCAUAUGUAAAUAACUUCCUGUGAAAUGUGAGUUGCAGUCUGAGAUAGGUAACAAUAUGACCAUGUUUUCUGGAGGCCACUCAGAGCAGGUAAUUGCAAAAUAAAAUCAAAUUUUAGCUUGACUGAAAUAAAAUAUCCUCACAGCUUAAAUAAAUAGAAAUACAGAUAUGUAAAAAGAGUAGGCAAAUUGUUGGAAUAAAAUAGAAGAGAUUAAGAUACAAUUUGCUUUCCAACUAGAGAAUGCUUCAAUUUGGUCUUUUGUUGCAUCAACAAACACUCACCAUUAAAUAGCUCCUCCUAGUAUGAUCUGCUUAAUGGGGUGAUGCUGUUUUGUAGAAUCAAGUUGAUUCAGUCAGGGUCAGCAAAUACCAAUGUGUUUACGGAAAAGUUGAAAAUUGUAACUCUAAUCAAACCAUUACUUUUACAUCUACCAAUAUAGCCUGAGAAUAAAUGAAUAAAACGGGAGUUUGGUAGUUGAAUUAUGCAAAUACUAGACUAAUGAGAAAAUUAUUUGAACAGAAUUCUAAUUUUAAUAUCUUCUUUUUGACUUUUCCAAGCAAAUAAUGUGGCUUUGUCCAAGUACCAAAAAUAAUCAGGUUGGCUUAUGGUCUAUCAGGGAUUCAGAUCCAUAUUUUUCGUUCUACAUUUUUGUUAAGAAGGUUCCUGGGUAUGCUUAAUUGACCUCUUCAUGGAAACUGUUCCUUAGCCAUCUUUUAUGGAAUCAUUUAUGGUUUUGAGGGUUUAAUUGAAGAACUGUGAUCUGUAACUCUGACCUGUGAAUUUCCUACGUUGUAAUAUGCUGGUAAUCGGUAUGGAUUUUGCAUUUUCCAGAUACCUUAUUUUCUCAUUGAAAGGACUAGCUUUAAUCAAUGCAUAUGAACCUGUCUACAUUUUACUAUGAUUAUUAGUCGCAUUGCCUGUAGUAUAUUAAACAGUUUAUUGCAGGUUUCUGCAGGCUUGAUAAAAGAAGAGCAUGAGCAUUCUAUGCAGAGUCAAAAUCAAUCUCAAGCUGAAGCAGCUUCUGGUGAAUUACAGCCGACAAAAUGUUCAGUGCAAAACACACGGAUGUUUCAGUCUGAUCCAAGUGAACCUAUAUCAUCCAAGUAUACUUGAAAAAUCUGCAGAAGAUGGUUAUAACUGGAGAAAGUAUGGGCACAAGCAUGCCAAAGGUAGUGAAUAUCCUCGGAGCUAUUACAAAUGCACACAUCCUACUUGUGAAAUGAAGGAACAAAUGGAACGUUCUCAUGAUGGACUGGUCACUGGAAUCAUCUAUAAAGGUCAUCAUGAUCAUCCUAAGCCCCAAUCUAGUCGUCGUUUAGCAGCUGGUACAAUGCUCUCCUGCCAUGAAGAGGAAAAAACCGAUAAAUUGUCUUCUUUAAUGAGUGUUGAAGAUGAGUCAACAAAUGCACCUGACCACACGUAUCAUCAGAUUGAUCCAAACAGUAUUACUGAGUCUCCUUCAACUGGUGGAGGGCAAUCCAAUGAUUGUGAUGAGGUCGCUGUAGAUGGUAAUUUGGAGUCCAAAUGCAGGAGCCUCGUGUUGUUGUGCAAACACUGAGUCAAGUUGAUAUCUUGGAUGAUGGGUAUCGUUGGCGGAAGUAUGGGCAGAAAAUAGUUAAAGGGGAUCCUAAUCCAAGGAGUUACUAUAAGCGCACCAAUGCCAG